AUGCUUAAAAUUUUGCAUUUUAAACCAUUAUCUCAUAUAACGCAAAGAAGACUUUUGAGUGUAUCUUCAGUUAAAUUUCAAAUUAAAAAUAAAUCAUUGUUACCACCAUUGAAUAGCCAACUACUAUCAUUAAAACCAGUUACACCAAAUGAUUCAUUUGUUUCAUGUACUGUGUUUAAUGGAAAAGGUGAUGUUAUAGCGGUUUCACAGAAAUUUCCAAAAUGGUCAUUCUUAAGGCAAUAUGAAUUAUAUCCAAGAGAUUUGAGGAAGAUCGAUGCUUCCUCGAUCGAUAUCAUUCCAACAAUUCUAGUUAAGAAGAACUGUAUUGUCAUUAAUAUGUUGUAUAUUAAAGCGUUAAUUAGUAAGGAUAAGUUAUAUGUUUUUGAUACAACUAAUCAAACAGCUGCAAUGAAAUUAGGUGUUUUAAUGUAUGAUUUAGAAUCUAAAUUAUCAUCAAAGAAUAAACAGAGUUUUUUAAAUUCCAAUAUCUCUCAAGCAUAUGAACAUAAAGCUUUGGAAAGUGUACUGAUCAAUAUUAUGUGUGCAUUGGAGACUGAAUUAAAGAUCCAUUCAUCGAUUUGUGGUGAAAUUUUAACAGAGUUAGAAAAUGAAGUGAAUAGAGAUAAAUUAAGAGAUUUAUUGAUUAAAUCUAAAAAUUUAAGUUUAUUUUAUCAAAAAUCUUUAUUGAUUAGAGAAGUUUUGGAUGAAAUUCUUGAGAAUGAUGACGAUUUAGCAGGAUUAUAUUUGACAGAUAAAAAAACUGAAAAGGACGAUUUUGCAGAAUUAGAAAUGUUAUUAGAAACAUAUUACACUCAAUGUGAUGAAUUUGUUCAACAGUCAGGUUCAUUAUUACAAGAUAUUAAAUCUACUGAAGAAAUUGUUAAUAUUAUGUUAGAUGCAAAUCGUAAUUCGCUGAUGCUUUUAGAAUUAAAGGUUACAAUAUAUACGCUAGGGAUCACGGUUGCGACUCUAAUACCUGCAUUUUAUGGAAUGAAUCUAAAAAAUUUUAUUGAAGAAAGCAAUUUAGGAUUUGGCGGUGUUGUAUUCUUUUCCUUUGUGAUUGCAAUUAUGGUAACCAGAACUAACUUCCGCUCUUUAAGAUCUGUCACAAGACUAUCAAUGUUAAAUAAUCAUUCUGGAUCAUUAUCUGCAAAGCAUAGAAAAUUAGCAAAAGAAUAUACAGCUCAAGAAGUACCAACAUUGUGGUCUCGUUUUAAAAUGGGAUUUGAAUGUUUCUUGUUUGGUAAAAAUCCUGGGAAACAUUUAAUUCAUACAAAGGAGAAAAGAGAAAUGGUUUGGAAAUGGUUAAUGGAGGAUGAAAAGAAAUGA